AUGCCGUCGCGUCGAUCCCAUACCAAAUCGCACCACGGCUGCACCCAGUGCAAGCAGCGCCAAAUUAAAUGUGAUGAAGCCCGUCCUGCUUGUGGUUCGUGCCGCAGGAAACAGCUCCCAUGUGACUUUCAGAGCUUUGCGCCCCAGCCCUUCUCCCCGCCUCCAUCAAUUGCCGAUAUCACUCUAGGGCGUCCGGGCAGCUCUGCGCUCCCACUGCUGGACUUGGAGUUGUUGCACCACUGGCAUACGGCGACAGCAAAUUACCUAGCGGAUGCUAAGCCGCUGCAGGAUGUCAUACGCACCGUCAUGCCCCAUGAGGGCUUGGCGAACCCUUUCCUAAUGCACAGUGUUCUGGCAGUUUCUGCCCUUCACCGGGCCCACAGCGCGCCCUUGAGCCAUGGCCAGAUGUACGCUGACGCCGCCAUGACACAUCAUAGCCGGUCUCUGGCAUUGUGUACCCCUUUAUUCAAGAACAUUUCCCGCCAAAACUGCCACGCCCUCUUUGCGUUGUCUUGUCUGGUUCCAGUCUUUGUAUUCGCGUCCCGGAGCCCAAGACAGAACCCAAGCUUCCAGAGUCUGAUCGCAGUGGUCGAUGCAUUCAGGUUAAUUCGUGGGGCGGCCUCCGUCGUCAACCAGGCGAGAUCGUGGAUCGAACAAGGGCCCUUGCAUCUCUUGCUGCGGGUUGGUCAGUUUCAAAAGCCGAUAGCAACAGCCGCAAAAAGGUAUGCUGUGGCUCUGUACGCGCAGCUCCAGUCACUGCACCUCAAUCUGCCGCAAGCGGGGCCAUCAUUGAACUCAGAGCCUUUUGCUCCGAACAUGAACGGCUCGAUUAAGAACCUCUUAGAUCUACUUCAACUUUAUCUGCAAAGCGGAGACUCGAGGACCAUCAUGGCCUGGCCAGUUGUGGUCGACCCGUCCUACUUUGACUGUCUGCUUCGUAAAGAGCGGAUUGCACUCCUCACCCUUGCGUUUUACGGGUGCUCCUUGCAGAUACUCUCGGAGCAUUGGUGGCUAGAAGGCUGGGGAGAGUUUUUGCUUCAGCUUGCCAGGGAUCAUUUACCAGGGGCGGAUAAAGAGCUGAUCAACAUAAUCAAUGUACCAACGUAA